AUGGAUGUUGCUGAAGUUAGGAAAAGCAAUGCUGCUGAUAAUGAUGAUUCAAUGUUGGUUAUUAAAGUGGACAACGAUGAAGAGUCAAAUAAAUCAAAAAAUAGACCGAAGAAAACAAUCAACAUUAAGAUUCAGCAGAAUGAUAAAUUGAAAGAAGAAAAUGCACGACUCAAGAAAAUUAUAAACAAAAAAAAUCAAACAAUUAAACAAAGCAGAAAAGAAAAUUUAGACCUUCAACAAAAAAUUGAACAAUUACUCCUUAAACAAAAUUGUAACCAACAAACAAUUGGACAUGAAUAUUUGCUCCUAAAUCAAGAAAAUGAACGAAUCAAAAAAGAUAAAGUCGCAAAAACAAUUGAUCGAGUAAACUCAGGACUUUCAAACUGUAUCAUAAGGAAUCAAACUUUAAAAGAAAGAAAAAUUUUGGCAAAUAUAGAGAUAAAAAGACUUUUAGAAAAAUUGAACUCAAUCAAUCCAUCAUUAGUCAACGAAUGGAAUCAAUACUUUGAAAACAGUAGUAUUGAAA